AUGCCUUCCGAUCGGGAGGAUACACGCUCUUCACCAGGCGCGUUGCCUGAUGCGCCAGCUGCGACCACUAAACAGCCAUGCCAUUCCUUUAAGAAAAAAUUCGCCAAACUAAAGGUAAAAUUCGAAUUGGAAAUGCGCGAGAGCGAGGCACUCGUACGGGAACAGCUGCGUAUAGAAGAUGUGUCGAAGAAACUACAAGAAACAAAUGAUCAACUUCUCGAAGUCCUUAUGGAGUUCAAUGACAGCAUCUACAUCCCGACCAACCUACGAUACGACCUCAGCCUGCCUGGAGAAGUGACAGCACCAUUGACACCUGACGAUGACGAUGACAUCGCUCCAUCUACAUACACCACUUCAGCAGCAAAAGCUGCCUUGAAAGAAGCCAGGGCCGAAUUGAAAGCCGGAGAAAUCACAGCCGAAACCUAUCGUCGUCUAGAAAGAGGCGUGAAACGCAGUACCACUUUCCGACCGUCGAUGCAAUACGCUUCUCUGCGAGAAAUCGCUCAGCACAGCGGCUCGGUCGCAGCGUCUUCCGCCUCGAUUUUUGCCGAACUCGAUGAAGACCCGACGACUCUACUCAAUAUGAACUACAUGACCCCCGAUCACGAACAUGAAUAUCUGUUGGCACUAGACGCGAAAAUGGGCGACGCAGCCGCGGAUGUACAAUUGAAACAACUUCCUGAUAAACCUACAUUCGCCGAUCGUGAGCGUGAAGCAAUUCUGCAGAAUCCCAACUCCGUAUACAACUGGUUACGACGCAAUACUCCAUACGUAUUUUUGCAGGAUAACGAGGUUGCAUCCGAGAAGAGCAGUCAGGUUCAGACACAGCCACAGCGUUCCACCGCGGCGACCGCGCGCUCUUCUAAGAGGUCUUCACUCGCUGCUUCGAAACAGGCAGCCAAAGAGGCCAAAGAGGAAGAAAUGUACGAUGAAGACGGCAUUGCGCUCGAUGUACCCGCUCCGUCAGCGACAAAGGCGAAACGCAAGCGGGAUGAGGAUACGGGAUAUAGGCCCAAGGGCGGUCGAAGCGGUAGCAGCAAAAAGAAGAAGGCCGCGCCAGCGGAAACGGAUUCUAGUUAUUCAGGACGGCGUGCGUCGAAGCGUGGUUCUGGCGUGGGAGCUUAG